GCGCAGCCCCUGCUGCCCCCUCGAUCCCAGCUCCGUCGUCCUGGCGCCCCCGCCCGCAGGCUGGCCUGCACUGGCCAGGAGCAGGACCUCCGAGAGCUCCAGCCUCUGCGGGCCCCAGGGCCCCUUCCCCUCGCUGCGGGCCGAGCCCCGGCUCACCUGGUGCUGCCUGGGCGGCAGCCUGCCGCUGCCCUCGGAGCGGAAGGAGAAGGCCUGGGUGCUGCACCGCCCUGGGAGCAGUGCCCGGGCCCCGGGUGCAGAGGCCGGGCUGGUGAGCGAGGCGGAGUCAGGACGAAGGACCGGGACCAGCCCCGCAGAAGGAGGGGAGACGCAGCCGUGGACGCUCUCCUGCCCAGCAGCCCCCGGGGUGACAGCCGGACCGGGGUCUGAGCCAGGACGGAGAAGGGGACCGCCUCGGAGGAGGGCGAGGACCUGCCGGGGGAGCAGCAAGCAGAGAGCAGCGAGGAGGUGCAGAGGGAGUUUCUUGCAGGGUCCAGUUCGACUCAGAGCAAGCAGACUACGCAAGCCACUCCGGGUGCUGAGAAGAGACUGCCACCCUCCCCCACUCGAGGGGCUGGACCCACGCAGGACCCUAGGGCAGGCUUCUUCUGAAAUGGCAGGGCUAAGCCUGCAAGGGGAGUCAUCUUGUGCCACCUCAGCAUCGCCUCUUGGUUGUGGGAACAGAGAGGAGAAGGACUGGAGACCAACCUCAGGAGGCAGCUCUCCCAGCACAGAUCCGAGGGCUGUGAGGGACAGAGACACCUGGACCGUGCAGGAUGUUAUACCCUCUGCCAGUGAGUGUGGUGACCGCUGUCCUCAGAACGCCAUGGCGGGGUCAGCACUGGCCCUGCCACCCGACUCCCACAUGCACCUGGGUGACCACAGCCUUCCCUCCCACAGUGGAGAUCUCCCCCUGGGGCUGCCUGAGGCUCAGCUGCUGUCUUCCCAGGAGCAGAUCUCGGCAGGUCCCAGACUGCCCGCUUUCUUGGAUGCUCAAGAGCCUUUAUCCACUGAGUCCAAAGGAAGCUCUCCCCGCCAUGACACUGCUACCUCUGUGGCUGCCGUUGGUACUUCUCUGGGGUCCGGAGGAGGUCACACAACCCCAGGAGCUCCCAGUGCAGAACCACAAGGCCGUGGCCAAGCUGCAGGGGAGCUUCGGACACAGAGCUCCCCAGACAGCAAAUCUAUCGCCCCCCGCACGUCUCUGUCCCUCUGGCCAGGGAAGCCUUCCCCUGCGCCAAGACUUUCAGGUUUGAUUCCAUCAAGGCCACCUGGGAAAGCUCAUCCUGCCACACUAGCUCCAGAGCCAGCACCAACCAGUUCACACCAAGAGGCAGGGAGACCCGAGGCACACCUUCCCCCUGAGGGGCAGGAGAAAGGAACGCACCCUCAGGGACGUACGUCAGAGGGCGGGGCAGUGCUGGGCCCCCGCCCUCCGGGAGGAAAGGACACUGAGGAAAUUCGGGAAUCGGGAUUAGUGGCUCUGAAGGCUGAUGUGGUUCCCUCCACGCCAGGGCAGCCUGUCGGCGUCCAGGAAGCCUCUUUGAAAACCAUCAAGAAGAGGAGUUUGGGAGGAAUGAGGAAGCAGACGCGCGUGGAGUUCAGCGACACCAGCAGCGACGAUGAAGACCGGCUGGUGAUUGAGAUCUGAAGGCCCGGGCAGAGGGCAUCUGCGGUCGGACACUGGCCCUGCUUCCUGUGAAUGCUGUCGAGCUGGCUGGCUCCUGGACCCUUGUCUAGAAGCACCUAAAGAUUGGGAAAGCCAUUUUGGGUUCUUUCCAAGUCAUCCCCAACCAACUCCAAACCCCUGACUCAGCCUCAGCCUUCCCAGAGGGCCCUCCCCGCCGGUAUCCACAGGUGCCAGGAAAGCCAAAGGUGGCUGUGACCGCUUGGCACACGGCGACUGUGGCUGGACUCCCAGGUACUCUCUGCCUCAGUCCUCACUGCUCCUCCGUAAAAUGGCAUUGACCACGAAAGCCAAGAGUAUCAACGAGUACACCCCACAGAGUCAAGGCAACAAUGUCCUCAUUAGUAACUGGGGGUAAGCACCUGAGCUGUUAACUAGGGGAUGAAUUUGGCACCAAAUUACUUCUGUUCAUUCUGGAGACAAAAUUCAGAUUCAUUAAAAUACUGAAGUUUCGUCAGAAUAAUUCUCCUCCUCUUCCUCGGUAGUUGUAAAUAUAUUUUAAAACUUGUGAUCUGGUGAAAUGCUGAUUAUUCUUCAAUGUCGCUCAAUGGCUAAUGUUUAUGUAUGAGUCAGUGACACAAGCAUGUACUGUCUGGUGCCUGGUGCCUUUUCUGUUGAGACCUCUGAAACCUUGGUUUUUCCAACUCUUGCAAAGGAACGUUGUACUGAAAGUUAAUAGAACAGUCUCUGUGAUGACUCAUUAUUUUGAGGGAGAAAACCCACUUAUUUUCCUCUGGUUCUCUGGGCCAUAUUGUGCGCUGAGGCCUUUCAAUUAGAGGGUGACAUUCCGUGAUCUGCGCCUCGCCCCUGCCUGCUCAUCGUGACGGAGCCUUUUCGUUCCCUCGAGGCUUCAAGGAUACAAAACUAAUUGGAGUUUCGAUGCUGUUGUACAUCUCAGUAAUUUUAUUUUGGGGGCUUAGUGUUACUUUGCUGUCAAAUUAAAUCAGCCUCUAUAUUGUACAAGUCAGAACAGCACAGAAAAAAAUUGCCCAAUAUUCCAAGUCAACGCGCCCCAGUGCAGAACAAAAUUGCAGCGCGCAGCCUCGGAAGUCCUGCUUCCUCUUCUCCUUAAAUGGGAGAGAAAAAACUUAGAGAGACUUACACUGCUGCAUCUCAGUAACAUUUUAUACUUGUUUUUGGUAGAUUUUGUACAAUCUGAAAUUUAUAGCUCAGCUCUUUUGUGUUAAUUUUGAUGUAAGAACGUUCUAUGCCCUCUCAUAGUGCAGACGGUGUGAUGACAUCCCACACCUACUGCAUAGUUUAACAUGGCCUUGCCUGUCACUAAGGAUGGUCACAUUGCAAGGAACUUCAUGUGAAUUUUCCAAUUUCAGGGUGAUUGAUAGAAAA